GACAGCGGUGAGAACUACAGCUCCCAGAGCGCCCCGCGGCGGGAGGACGGCGCCUUGUCUUUGUUGCCUCAGCUGCAGUGAGGUGAGGCGGCGGGAGAGUGGAGGGCCCUGGCCGACGUUUCACUUGUGCGCACGAGCAGGUUGACGGGCUUGGUUCUCCAGUACUCGAGUGAGAGAGAGAGGCGCGCAGUGUUACUGCCAUGAAAUGCCAGGCUCCUGCCACUCCAUCACUGCCAGCAGAGUCUCCUCGUGGUACUGUCUGCAGGGCUUCCGUCUGACAUGAGGCAGCCGAGCCCGUGCGGCGACCCGCGGAGUGGGUGGUGAUGCGCGGUGAGUCCUGGCUUGCCGUGCGAUGAGGAAGCGGCUGCUGCAGGUGUGCGGCACCAUGCGCCUGAUGCUGCGUUGCUGCGGGCUGGGGCGCAGGCGGAGAUCCCGGCUCCUGCACCGUGCUGCCACGUACUGGACUUACUCCAAGCUGUGCGCCAACUCCCUGCUCUACAACUCCUUCACCAACAGCGACGUGCUCCUCGACUCCCUCUUCGAACCCAUUUACUGGCUGGUGGACCAUGUAACCCGCUGGUUUGGCGUGGUGUUUGUGGUCCUGGUGAUCGUCCUGACAGCCACCAUCGUGCUGAUUGUGUACGUGUGCAUGCUGCCCGUCAUCCUCAGCACCUACCCGGCCGGCUGGGUGGCCUGGCACCUCUGCUACGGCCACUGGAACCUGGUGCAGAUCAUCUUCCACUACUACAAGGCCGUGCGCACGCUGCCCGGGCAGCCCACACAGGGUAAAAGCGACAUUCCGAUGGUCUCUAUCUGCAGGAAGUGUAUUAAUCCCAAGCCACCUCGAGCCCAUCACUGCAGCAUCUGUAACCGAUGUGUCUUGAAGAUGGAUCAUCAUUGUCCCUGGCUGAAUAACUGCGUUGGUCACUACAAUCACCGCUACUUCUUCUCCUUCUGCCUGUUUAUGACGCUGGGCUGCAUCUACUGCAGCGUGAGCAGCAGGGAGAUGUUUGUGGACGCCUACCUCACCAUCAACCUCGGUGGCUCUGGCCCUCUGCGGCCUCACUCUGUGGCACAUGGUACUUAUCAUGUGUGGGGAAACCAGUAUCGAGAGGCACAUCAACAAGAAGGAACGGCAGAGACAGCAGCAGAAGGGUCGGGUUUUCCGAAAUCCAUUUCACGCGGGAAAACUGAACAACUUGAAAAUAUUUCUGGGAAUAGAAAAACGGAGCCACUGGGUCACUCGUUUGCUGCUCCCUUCCUCACACCUUCCUUACGGAGAUGGAAUGGUGUGGACACUCCCGGCACCCUUCACUGUGGACAAGACAAUCUUGGCGAUUUGAUGAGGGGGGGGGCGGGGGGGGAGAGGUGGACGCAGAAGCAAUGGAGCAGAUAUCUUUGUUCAGUAGGAAGAGGACCUGUGAAAUGCAGGGACUGAGGACUUAACCCGCUCUCCAGCGAAGGGGGGAAAAGGAACCCUGGAACAGAAACCGAUCCAGUGACUGCUCACUGCUCCUCGCGUUCAAAGGGAAUAGUUAUACGCUCAGCAAAGCAUAAAAGGCCACAGUAGCUGAACAUUACUCACACCAUGAAGCUGUGCUUCACAGGACGGGAGUCAGCAGCGAGUUUUGCUUGCUUUUAUACCCGCCAACGUUUAUGUUCAGACUAAUCGAGAGCCAACGUCACAAAUAGCUAUAACCUCCCACAGGUGUAAAAAAUGACUUCCUUUCCUCAAGGCGCUGUCAAAUGGAAGUGAGAAGGUGAGGUUGUGCUGGGAGGAGUUCCUCGUAAUCACUGGGAUUUAACUUGCUAGGAACGCACAAGCAAGGUUGCAGGAGGCUGAGGUGAAGUAGGAACCAAAACCCCUCUCACCAUUCAUACAGUUGGGGCGGAGGGGGCUAGAGAGAAAUCUAUUUCACUUUGCUGAAUAGAGUUCCUGCGACUGGAGAGGCAGGUGCUGCUUUACAAGAAAAAAAGACGCAAAGUGCUGAAACGUUUCAGCACAGUGACACAGUGCCAGAGACCCGGUUCCAAUCCUAUCUGUGUGAAGUUUGGUCACGUUCUCCCUGUGACCGUGUGGGUUUUCCCCGAAUGCUCGGGUGCUCCGGUUUCCUCCCACAUCCCAAAGACAUGCAGGUUUGUAGGUUAAUUGGCUUUGGUGAAAUUGUAAAUUGUCCCUAGUGUGUAGGAUUGUGCUAGUGUACGGGGGGAUCGCUGGUCAGUGCAGACUCAGUGGGCCAAAGGGCCUGUUCCAGCGCUGUAUCUCUAGUCAGGCAACAUCUCUGGAAAACAUCGAUAGGUGAUAUUUCUUGACCCAACCCGAAACAUCGGCAGAUUAUGUCCUCCUGAGGUGCUGCUUGAUCUACUGAUUUCUUUCAGCACUUUUGAGUCUUUUAUUUUCUGAAUGAAGACCUUGUUUGUAUCCAAGAGGGUUGCGAAUAAUUUGCUUCCCACUUCUGCAGUUUAAAAGCGUGUGAGUGACUAGAUGCGAUCCAUGACCUUAACACAGCUUUGGUGAGUGUGUGUGCACGUGCGUCCCCAGGUGCGUAUGUAUGUAGCCUGUUUGUGUGGUGCGUAAGUGUGUGAAAGUCACACGCAUCAAUCACCUUGCUACAAGCAUCUCCCUGCCUCACAGUGGAAAGGAGGUGAAGGAUUCAGUGAUCAUUUCCUUUAUUAUUGGUGUUUGGCUAUUGCAGUUAUAUAAUUUAAUGAUUAUUGUUGUAAACAUUGUCAUUUGUUUUGUGGGUCAUUUGUUUUGUCAAGUUUACUACAAAUCACACUUUAGUUACUCUGGCAGCUCUAAAGUGCAUUGGAGAUGUUUGGAGUGUGUCCUCCGAGUUACUCCUCUCACUGAAGGAAAUGGGUGUCCCACUUGCACAGGGAUGGUGAAGUCAAGGAGCAACAGCGUCAGGAGCUCCUUAUUAGGGCAGAAACAGUUGGCUGUCGUUGCCAAUGCAAGCUACUUGGUGCUACCAGAACAGGAACCAGUCAGCUCAGCCCACAAAUCACCAGCUCCCUCACUCUUCUGAGCCAGAGUCCACAAGCUGGGUUGCAGCUGCACCUGCACCUAUAAUCCCAGCAGUCACACUCAGGUACUUGUCACUUGAAGCUGGCCCUCACAAACAUUAGUGGUAGACUUAUGUCCAACUACAUUGGUAAAAUGUUUCUUCUCUUGAGCUUGGGAUAGGGCAAGUGCUUUUAGUGAAAGUAAUGUUUUGUUAUUUGCCCAGCUGGGUUAAUUUUGUGAAAUGCUAUUUCUCUCAAGAUAGAAAUCCAUGUAAAACAGCCUGGGUUAAAUACCUUCAGAUUCAUAUGCUGCUCUCACGAUGUCUCGGAAUAAGUCAAGACUUGUUUUGAGUCAGAGCUACUGAAGAAUCUAGGAUUUCUAUACGUGUAUAGUCGAGCACCACAUUUUUUAAACUUCACUCGUGUUCUCUCUUUCAGCAUCUGUUCAAAUGCUACCACAAUACCAUCCUUGUUUCAUCAGUCAUCUAAUGUACUUCCAAUAACUGCAAGAUUUGUACCGUUUAAACUUUGGUGAAUUUCAGUGUAAUGGCAACCAGCAUCUCCUACAAAUAAAUCUUAAUUGUUGACAA